AUGGAUUAUAUAUCAUUUAGCUUUCCAUAUUCAUCAAAACCUGGUGUCAUUUUAAUUGUAAAUGUCAAAUAUGGCUGGAAAUUGCAACAUUCUUCGUGGAGACUGUUAACUCUUCUCAUACCUUUGCAACUGGUGGCUCAACAAUUGAUGAGCACUGAACCAAAGCGAUUGGCACGCUACCUAAUCCCUGAGAAAGAAGAAUCAUGUUCAACUUAUAAUAUGCUGCAGAUCUCCAGCAACUUGUUUAGAUGGACCAAAGAAGUGGUAUAUGCAGAUCAUUACGAGCGUGCGCUGACAGUUGGUAUACUGAGUAUCCAGGGAGGAACAGAACCUGGAGUCAUGCUUUACAUGCUUCCACUAGCUCCUGGAAAUAGCAAAGCCAUAAGUCAUCAUGGAUGGGGAACCCCAUUUGACAGUUUUCGGUGCUGCUAUGGUACAGGAGUUGAGUCAUUCUCAAAAUUGGGAGAUUCCAUAGACUUCGAAGAGGAAGGAGAAGUCCCAGGUCUUUACAUAAUCCAGUAUAUAUCAAGCUCUUUUACAUGGAAAUCAGGACAGAUUUUGAUUAAUCAAAAAGUUGAUCAUGUUGUUUCUUGGGAUCCUCACCUUCGAGUGACAAUAACGUUUCCUUUAGACAUGGGGGAAGGCCAGUUAUCUGCCUUGAAUUUGAGAAUACCAACUCGGACACAUUUAGAAGGUGCUGAGGCUGCAAUUAAUGAUGAAAGCUUGCAAAUUCCAGCUCCAGGUACUUUCCUAUCGAUCACUCAACGCUGGACCCGUGAUGACAAAUUAACCCUUCGACUGCCCAUCAGUCUAAGACUAGAGAAAAUCAGGCCUAAGUAUGCUUCAAUUCAGGCCAUACUUUAUGGUCCUUAUCUACUUGUGGGUCAUACGACUGGUGACUGGAAUAUAAAAAAUGUAUCAGCUGAUUCUCUUUCAGAAUGGAUAACUCCAAUACCUGCUGCUUACAACGACCAUCUGGUUACCUUUUCCCAACGAACUAGACACUCAGACUCAACCUCUUUCUUGAUCAACUCAAAUCAUAUAAUUACUAUGGGAAACCAUUCUCGGUCCGGCAACAAUUCUGCUCUGCAUUCAACAUUUAGGCUCAUCCUUGCUGACAAAUCUUCCUCAAAAUUGUCUACAAGUAUGGAUGCUAUUGGCAAAUCAGUGAUGCUAGAACCUUUUGACCAUCCUGGUAUGCUUGUAGUUUAUCGAGAAACAGACAAAAACCAUAAUCUUCAGGUCGCAAAACAUGGCCACUCUGUGUUCCGCUUGGUUGCAGGAUUGGAUCUGAGGAAAGGAACUGUAUCAUUGGAGGCUGAAAGACAUAAAGGUUGCUUUCUGUAUGGUGGGGUGAAUAAACAUACAGGUGAAAGGUUGAAGCUCAAGUGCAAUUUGGAUAAAACAAAUCAUACAGUUAUUCAGGCGGCCAGCUUUGAAAUGAAAAAAGGAAUGAGCAAAUAUCACCCAAUGAGUUUUGUGGCAAACGGGCAGCGAGAAAUUUCUUCUGGAGUCAUUACUGAACUACAGAAAUGA